AUGGCUCAAUCGAAGCAAAGUGAUUUCAGUAUUGAACAUAUUCUUACAAAAGCGGGUGAAAAGUACAAUAAGCGACAAAAUGAAAAUGCAGAAGUACCUCAUUCAUGUUCAUCCAAUAAUUCGCAAAGCUAUAGUGAUAGUGAAGACUCUUCAAUAUCAGAAGAAGGUGAAAUCGUAGUGGACGGCUUCCAUCAGGCCGAAACGGUGAACUCUGCAAAUUAUCUACAGAACUGCAUGCCAAGUUUUGAUUGGUUGUAUUACACUCGAUACCGACCUCCCAAAUUACCACGUUUGCAAAAACCAGGUCCCAUAAAGCGUACUCCCGGAAGACUACCACGUGUACCCUUUACUCCAUCUCAGUUAACUGCCUUAGAAGAGGCAUACAAAGUGUCAACAUAUCUAAGCUCGGAAGAAGCAAACCAGCUGGCGUACAGCUUAGAAUUGACGAACACACGCGUAAAAAUCUGGUUUCAAAAUCGCCGUGCACGAGACCGACGUGAAAAGCGAGAAAACACACUUGGAACUGCUGAAUAUACUUCCAAUCCCCUUGGUUUCAGCAGCUUAGCCACUAUACGGCCGCUUGGCCAAUUUACAUGUAUGCGCCCAUCGCUGCAAACACCAGCAGAAGAACACCCGACGACUGAAACGAAGAGUUCAAAAGAUAAUCCAUUUUGA